AUGCGAGCUUGCGACUGCUGCCGAGCGAGAAAGGUCAAAUGCGAUAGCCAACUGCCGUGUAAAGGAUGCGUCACCUCCAAACUCACGUGUACCUACAACCACGUUCCCCGUAAAAAGGGCCCCAAGGUCGGAGGCAAGAGCGCCAGCAUUCUCAACAAACUGAGACUGGGUCUGGAUCAGGCCGAUCCCACCGCCCCAGAGAAGCUCUCUUGGAAUGUAGUCUCCCGGCCGCUCAUGGACCGUGCUCUCAAGCACUACUUUGCCAACUACUAUCCAGUCACCCCCGUGUUGGAUGAGGCGGAGGUCUACUCCUACCUCACUCGGGAGCCCACAUCGGAAACCUUUGCUUUGGUCAUGUCGAUAGUGGCCAUGGCCAUGGGGGAUAUGCUUGAUCUGGAGAUGACAACGCCUUCGUCAAGAACCCAGAACGUGCUGCAGAUUGUGCGAAUCGUCUGCGAUGCCGUCCAUGCCGAGGAAACGGCACUGCUGACUAGCGGGGAUCAUAGACAGUUGGCUAAUCAGACCAUCACAGUUAACUCCAUUAUUACCCAAUUCAACCUUUACGGCACCUUUUGCCAAUUGGAAAUGCCAUCUCGCGCCUUCCAUUAUCUUAGACAGGCCAUUUCCGCGGCCCAAACUGCAGGAAUAGAUAGAGAGGACUUUUACAAAAACGACCCCGUCAUCCUGGAGCCCUUCCGCACCAUGUUCUGGUGUCUCUAUGUUUCUGAACGAGGAUUUGCAUUACAACACAACUACCCGGCAGCCCUAGGCCAAGACCUGCCUCUCUACCCUCAGUCAGAAGGAGAGGUGUUUGUUGGUCUCACUCAACUGGUAAAGUCCUUCUCCGUCUUCUCUCCAACCUUCUUCAAGUUGUGGAGAGACGGAAACGCAGCUUCCAGCCCAGCCGGAUCUCCAAAUACUAACCCUCAACAUACCCAGACUGUCCAGCGACUGUUGCAGUACCAUCAUGCCAACCAGGCCAGUCCUCUGAUUCCCUGCUCGCCUGUGCAACGAUCCGACAUUCUUAUCACCGAUCAGUGGAUCCGCCUUCUGCUUUGGCGUCUGGCUCCCUACGGGGUCCAGCAACCUGCAGAUAUCGCCAAAAAUGUGGUCGCUAUUGCCGACUCUGUUCCCAUCCAGACCAUCCAGGCCCAUGGAGCAGGCAUGAUGCUCAAGAUCUAUGACAUUGGUAUGACAGUUGCUACAGUGUUCCAGACUGCUGCUCACGCGGAACAGUUUGGUAUCCCGGCACAUUUGCAUCGAAUUCUCAUGCUCAUGUCGCAAUUACAGACCUCUCAGCACCUCAGUGUACUGCUACAGGCUGCACAGCGACUGCUGCCAAAACUGGUGCCGGAUCGAGUUAUCAAAAACGAAGAGUCCUCGUCGGACAAUACUACUAACAGUGGACUGAUAGACUACGGAGGAGCAAGGCUGAACACCGGGGUGGGCAGUGACGCCGAGAGCGGCUCGUCCAACAGCCCCAUUGAUGGGCUGGGCGGGUUUUCUUCAAACAGGCCCAUCUACCCUACCCCUCCUAUCAAUGGAAACUCCACACCGCAGGGCUUAGCUGCACCAGCACCGUUGCCUCACCCUCACCCGGGGUCGUAUCCACCUCCAGUAGGCACUCUACAUGGUCCUGGAACUACAACGGUAGGUCUGAUGAAUGAGCCUUACCCCCGUCCCAGCCCAAACCACUCACAACAACCACUCUCCCAAUCUCCACGCAUCAACGUCCAUCCCAACAUGGUUCCUGAGGGACCGCCGCCAAGUGAGUUCUUCCCUUGGUAA